AACGUUAGAUCUGAAGUUGAUUGCCAAAUUUGAGCAUAAUCAUCCACUUUUCAGAUUCUUGUCUUUGUUUGAGUCAUGGCAAAUUUCCCCUCACCUUGUUCUUCGUCUUCCUCUUCUUCUUCUACGGCGUCGUUUGGAUCUUCGACAAGUGCAAAGACGUGGAUUGUCCAUGGAAUUGUGGCGGGAGUGGCGAUUGCAGCGGCGGUGGGUGCACGUGCUUACAUGACCCGAUUGGACAAGUUUCGGAGCCGGGUCCUGGCUAUUAUACCCGCCCGAUAUGCAUCUUCUCGUUUUCCGGGAAAGCCUCUGGUUCAAAUCCUGGGCAAGCCCAUGAUCCAGAGAACAUGGGAAAGGGCAAAGCUGGCGGCUACAUUGGAUCAUGUUGUUGUGGCAACUGAUGAUGAAAAGAUUGCUGACUGCUGUCGACAAUUUGGAGCUGAUGUUAUUAUGACAUCAGAAUCUUGCAAAAAUGGUACGGAGCGCUGCAAUGAAGCCCUACAGAAGCUUGGGAAAAAUUAUGAUAUUGUUGUAAACAUUCAGGGUGAUGAACCACUUAUUGAACCUGAGAUAAUAGACGGUGUUGUGAAAGCUUUGCAGGCAGCUCCAGAUGCAGUGUUCAGCACUGCAGUCACAUCUUUAAAGCCUGAAGAUUCUCAUGAUCCAAAUAGAGUGAAAUGUGUGAUAGAUAAUCGUGGUUAUGCCAUCUAUUUUUCCCGAGGAUUAAUCCCAUUCAACAAGUCAGGGAAGGUCAAUCAACAGUUCCCGUAUUUGCUUCAUCUAGGGAUUCAGAGCUAUGAUGUGAAGUUUCUAAGGAUAUACCCUGAUCUUCAACCUACUCCUUUGCAACUAGAGGAGGAUUUGGAACAGCUUAAAGUCCUUGAGAAUGGCUACAAGAUGAAGGUUCUCCAAUAAAGUUGUCUGACUAUUGAACUCUGAACACUUGGGUGACAGCCUAGUAAGAGUCCACGAGUCAAUGAUAUGAGGGAUAAGGGAAUAGAGGAUCAUGCAACUGAGGUGUUGUAUUGUAGCCGUACAUAACAAAACGUAUGUGGUAGGAUACGGAGAGUUUACGAGAGAAGGAAAAAAAGGGAAUGAGGCUGUUAGGAGAGUAAAUAGGGUGUAACUGUAAUAACAGUGAGUUGGCGGGAAAAGGGAGCCCAUAUAAAGGGCUGAGAAACUCUUGUAAGAGUGUAGUUUUUGUAAAUUCUUUGUAUAAACAGGAUACAUUUAUCCUGUGGAGGGGGAAUUGCUCCCUUGGAGGCUUUGAGUGUACAGAUUGGCGGGACCGGAUCACUUAGAGAGGAGCGAGAUGGAAGAAAAAUUGAACGCAUUGGAGGGAAGAAUGGAAGGAAAGAUGAACGUCUUGGAAGGGAAGAUGGAGGCGAUGGAGAACAGGAUGGAAGGGAGAAUGGAGGCGAUAGAGACGACAAUGGAAGGGUUGAAGGCGGAAACGAUGAGACUGCAUCAAGAAAUCAAAGAACUCACCCGAGUUCUUGGCGGGCGAACGCGGAAUCUUGAUCGAAACUCCGAGGGGAGUCAAGUUUCUGUGAACGAAAUCAGUAGGGGGAGGAAGGAGUGUUCAGAGGAAGAACUUGACGAUGACAGAAGCGAAUUACAACCCAGUUGGGUGAAGAGGGUGGAGUUACCCACGUUCGAAGGAUUCGACCCGCAGGGAUGGGUUUCAAGGGCGGAAAAGUUCUUCGAAAUUCAGAACGUUACGGGAAGAGAAAGACUCAGGCUGGCCUACAUUUGCAUGGAGGGGAGCGCCAGUUAUUGGUUCCGAUUCUGGAAAGCCAAAGCCAAGAAUCCUUCUUGGGAAGAACUGCGGGAGGCUCUGGUGAGAAGAUUUGGAGGCCGGGACAGGGGAACUGUGUUCGAAAGGCUGGCGGCGUUAAGGCAGAAAGGGGCUGUGGAGGAGUAUAUUCAGGAAUUCGAGAUGUUGGUGGUGCAAACGAAGGAGAUAAAGGAGGACCAACUUAUGGGGUAUUUUUUCGCGGGACUGCAAGGCGAAAUCAGAAAUCAAAUCCGCCCACAUAACCCAAAAGAUUUGCUGAAAGCCAUGGAAUUGGCCCGAGAUGUGGAGGAGGCUAAUCGGAAUUCAAGAACGACUGGCGGAGAGCGGGGACAGUGGCCCAGUAUGAUUCUUUCCGAGGAGGACAGGGACGACUGGGAGCCACAGAAAACGCGCGCGCUUUGAAGGAGGUACGCUGGGUUCGAUGGCGUCCAAGUCGGGGAGUAACACGAUGAGCGACCCUCGCGGCACCCGGAAUAUGUCAAGGGAAGGAGUUGUAUUGUAGCAGUACAUAACAAAACGUAUGUUUUAGAAUAAACAAUUAUAAAUUGAAAGAGGGUAGUGUAGGGUGUUCGUAUUGGUGGGCCUUAGGUCUCUCAAAAUACCUGCAGAAAAGAACUAUAUGAAUAUCCUCUAAGUAAUUCGAUAAACCUGAUUCCUUCCACUCACAA